ACGAGCCAUACAGAAGUAACAAACCAAAAAAAAAACAAAACAUGGCGUGUCACAAAACCUUCCUUGUAAUAUCUCUGAUGCUCGUUGUCUCUUUAGUCAAUGCAGUUGAGUUCUCAGUCAUCGACAACACUGGCGACUCUCCCGGAGGAAAGAUAUUCAGAGAACAGAUCGGUGGCGCUAGCUAUGGAGAACAAGCAAUGAGAUCAGCAACAGACUUCACGUGGCGUUUGUUCCAACAAGACAACCCAUCAGACAGAAGAGACACUCCAAUGAUCACACUGAUCAUGGAGAACAGUAAAGACUUGGCAUAUAGCUCACAAGACAAGAUACAUUACAACGCAGGAGCUCUUGUGAAUGAUGGUGGAGAUGUAAAGAGAGGAUUUACCGGGGUGAUAUAUCACGAAGUUGUCCAUUCUUGGCAGUGGAACGGCGCGAAUCUCGCUCCUGUCGGGCUUAUCGAAGGGAUAGCGGAUUUCGUGAGGCUAAAAGCGGGUUAUGCUGCAAGUCAUUGGGUUUCUCCUGGUGGUGGUGAUAGAUGGGAUCAAGGUUAUGAUGUUACCAUGAGGUUCUUGGAUUAUUGUAAUGAGUUAAGGAAUGGGUUUGUGGCUGAACUGAACAAGAAGAUGAGGACUGGCUAUAAUGAUGGCUUCUUUGUUGAUUUGCUUGGGAAAGACGUGAACCAGCUUUGGACUGAGUACAAGGCACGGUAUGGUCAAUGAAUGCUAAAUAAAGAGGGUGAACAAUAUAAUAUGGUAUGCAAAAAAAAACUAUAAUAAUAAUUUUAUAAUACGAAAUAAAACAAUUUGUCAUUUUCUUGUGGUGUUUGUAAGUUUUCCAUUGAAAAAUAGAUGUAUACGUAUUGAUUGAUGUAUCUUUGCUAAAAUUGAUAUUAUAAAAAAUCUAAGUUCGUUUU